ACGCGCCACCCGCUCCCUCCCCGCCUCCCCUCUGCCGCCAGCCGCGCAUGCGCGCUGGGCGGCGCCGGGCCGUGGCGGCGGAGGCAAGAUGGCGGCGGUGGUACAGAAUGUGGUCAAGCUGCUGGGGGAGCAGUACUACCGCGAUGCCAUGGAGCAGUGCCACAACUACAACGCGCGGCUCUGCGCCGAGCGCAGCGUCCGCCUCCCCUUCCUCGACUCCCAAACCGGCGUGGCCCAGAGCAACUGCUACAUUUGGAUGGAGAAACGGCACCGUGGGCCCGGUUUAGCCGCCGGGCAGCUCUACUCCUACCCCGCGCGGCGCUGGAGGAAGAAACGCCGCGCUCACCCGCCGGAGGACCCGCGCCUCUCCUUCCCCUCCAUCAAACCAGACACGGAGCAGAGCCUGAAGAAGGACGGGCUCCUGGCCCAGGAUGGCAGCAGCCUGGAAGCGCUGCUCCGCACCGAGCCGCUGGAGAAGCGGAGCCUCCCGGACCCGCGCCUGGAUGACGACAGCCUGGGCGAGUUCCCGGUCACCAACAGCCGCGCGCGGAAGCGGAUCCUGGAGCCGGAUGAUUUCCUGGAUGAUUUGGAUGAUGAAGACUAUGAGGAGGAUACGCCAAAGCGACGAGGGAAGGGGAAGGCCAAGGGCAAAGGCGUCAGUGGGGCUCGGAAGAAGCUGGAUGCGGCGAUCUUGGAAGACCGGGAUAAACCCUACGCUUGCGACAAUAGUUACAAACAAAAGCAUUCCUUGAAACCUCCCGACCGAGGUAGUCACUCUCUGUCUGCUUUUAUACUUCCUGCCUUUCCUAUUCCCAACGAUUCCCCUCCAAAAUCAGGGAUUUCUCCCCCCUUUCAACCUCACUGCACCCUAUGGGGAAAGGGGGAGGGAAGGACACAGCGGAAGCCAAAGGCCACCACCGACCUCGCUGCUCCUCUCCUGACCCUUUUCCAGCAGGGAAGAGCGGGCGUGCGUGCCGGCACGAGAGGGAAAACAAAGAUGAAUCCCUCUCCUGCUGCGGGGCUGGGAGGGAAAACACGGAGUAUCCACAAAAGCCAUCCCGGCUCCUGGAUCCCGGGAUGCGCCGCGGCCUUUGAAGAGCCGCCAACGUCUUUAGUGCUGCUUCUCUUGCCCAAAAUAACACCCGGUUCCUACUUAAAAGAAGCUCCCAAAACGGCUCCGGGAUGUGGGAUAUUGGGGGCUUGGAAAGCCGGGAAUGGCCGUGGCGACGGCUCCCUUUUUCUCAUGGAGAGGUUGGAAAGAUCCCGGUUUGUGUUCGCAUUCCUGCCUGGAUUUGGGGGUCGGAAAAGAGUCACUUUUAAGCUGCAGGGGGUUGGGAAGGAGCCGCCUCCUGCCAGCUCCGGGUGGCUGCUCCGGGCCCUGACCCAGCCGUGCCCCUGCUCGGCUCCGGAGCCUUGGAAUUCCAUGUAAUAAGGUUGUAAUUGCUGGGUCUGGGCUGCUUUUGGCCUCCUCUGCGGCAUUCCAGACCUGCCCAUGCGGACUUCUCCCUGGAGACAGCGAGUAUCCAGCAGAUCCCUUUGCCCCAAGGGGAUUUGAUCCCCAAAAUCCAACGCUGCUGCUUCCAUGGGGCUCCAGCCUCAUUCCCGGCUGGUUCCCAUUAGUUUGGGAGCCCUUUUCCAGGCUUCAAACAGGCCUGGAAGUGGAUCCAGAAAGGUUGGGAUGUUACAGAAAAGCUCCAAGCUUGGGGAAUCUCAUCCCGAAGUGACCUUUUCCCUGGUUUUCCCGGAUGCCAUGAUGGAAAUCUGUUGCUAAAUCUGCUCCUAAAUCCCGCUCUGGCUUUUUCCAGAGGGAUUUCAACCCAAUCCCAUCCUCGUGCCGGCUGUGGAAAGCCGGCUCCGGCUCCGUGGUCUUCCUGCCUGAGCCUCUCCAGGCUGGGAAUUGGGUUUUGGAGCCUCCCAGUUCCCAAAACAGCCCUGGAAAACCGGUAUUGGCAACUUAGGAGCCUAUUCCCUGGUCAGGAAGGUGCUUCCCAAUCCAUGGAUGCUCAGAGCUUUCCCUAAGGAAGCUCCUUCCGCAAGGAACGGGGUGGAAUGUGCACAAUUCCUGGUGUGGUUUCCCAAGCCACGUUUGGAGGAGCCGAGUGGAUCCAGGAGGGAGCAGAGCUGGGAUGUUCCCUUGGAUUCCCAAAAAAUGGAAGUUUCCCCUUCCUUCACCUUGGA